UGAUUUCAUCACCUGCUGCAAGCAUCCCUUCCAAAGCUGCCGGUGUGUUGUCAAACACCUGAGAAGCCAGAGGAGAGAAGAAUCAUCCUUCCGUUCUCAGUACCUCAGAGGCGGCUUAACCAACACCCAUAAUGAGCAUGAAACUUGAAAUGAGCAAUAUGAAUCUAAAAGUUGGGGAUCAGCUGAAAGUAAAGGGAGACAUUUUGCAUGAUGCUCAAAGAUUUCAGAUUGACCUUGGCUAUGAUUCAGAAGACCUGGCUUUGCAUUUCAACCCGCGUUUCCACGAUGAUGCAGAUGGAGCAGUUAUUGUGUGCAACUCAAAGAUUGCUGGUUGCUGGGGCGAUGAGAAAAGGGAAACACACAACCCCCUGCACAGAGGCACACAUGUUAAGAUCGUGUUGAAGUUAACUGGUGACAUGUUUGAAGUAGAACUUCCCGAUGGACGUGAAAUCCAGUUUCCCAACCGUGCCGACAUGGCAGUCAUCAACUAUGUCAAAAUCACAGGAGACUUUAAAGUUACUUGCGUGAAGAUCUGUUAAGAUAUAAAAUGCAUAAAUUGAACUCUCACUUUUUUGUUAUCAUGAAAUGUUAGUAUUCCCAACUUUGAAGCCAAUUCAACUUCUGUUCUUCCGUACAUUGGGAAAUACAGUAUGUGACUUAUCUACAGGACAUAUCGCUUUGUUUACCAACUCAACAGCAGAUGCCAGGCCAUUUCCAACUUACCCACAAAAAAAAAUCCUUCUUAUGAACUCAUCUCUGCUAGACUGCUUUUGAUAAACCAUUCAGUUCCUGCCAAACUUAAAGCACCAAAGUUGAUACACU